CAUCAUCUCCACGCGCCUCUGGAAGCCAGGAGGCGGCAGGACGGUCCUCUCACUACAUCUGUGGUUUUGUUUUUGAAUUAGCUGCACACGGCUCAUCGUUAUCACUACCAACCGGACAUCUGAGCUCACAUCAGACAUGUCUGUCACCGAGAUGUUCAGUUACAUUCAGGGCUUCCUGAGCGCCGACCAGGACAUCAGAGAGGAUAUCCGGAAGGUGGUCCAGGUUUUGGAGCAGACUGCCAGAGAAAUUCUGACUGUACUCCAAAGUGUCCACCAACCAUCUGGAUUCAAAGAAAUUCCCAGUAAAUGUGCAAAGGCACGGGAGUUGUUCUGCAUGGUCAGGACACAUAUUGCAGACCUCAAAACAAAAUUUCCUGUGGAGCAGUAUUACAGGUUUCAUGAACACUGGCGGUUUGUCCUGCAGCGCUUGGCUUUCUUGGCAGCCUUUGUUGUCUAUCUGGAGACUGAAACUCUUGUGACUCGAGAGGAGGUGGCCCAGAUACUGGACAUCCAGGUGGUGCGAGAGAAAGGUUUUCACCUAGAUGUGGAGGACUACCUGGCAGGUGUGCUGAUCAUGGCCAGUGAACUGUCACGGCUGGCGGUAAACAGCGUGACAGCAGGAGACUACAACCGGCCGCUCCGCAUCUCCAACUUCAUCAACGAGCUGGACUCGGGUUUCCGACUGCUCAACCUGAAGAACGACCCGCUGCGGAAGCGCUACGACGGCCUCAAGUAUGACGUGAAGAAGAUCGAGGAGGUGGUGUACGACCUGUCCAUCCGCGGCUUGGCCAAGGAUACGGAGACCGGCGGGGACAAGUAGAGCUCGGAGGAGGUGACUGGCCAUGGGAGACGGAGGAUGGGGGCGGUGGCUUCCCCGGGCUGGGACCUCUGCACGGCUGCUGCAGAUCGGAGACUUUACACCACCUGGAAGGCAAGACCCAGGGAUCUGCCUGAGGCCCCAGCAGCCUAGGACAGACUGUGUGAGAGUGUGUGUGUGUAUGAGUGUGUGUUUUGUGUGAAUGAAGUGUUUUAGAUGAAUGGCAGUCUGUCAGAAGAGUGGUAGAGGUUGACACCCUCGUUCUGAGGCGUAAGAUUGAAGGUUCAUUUUUUGGAAAUCUGUGUUCUCCAUUUUGUUGGAUUCAUGUGUUAUUGUUUCACUGAGUUUGCAACAGACAUCUUAUUAUUUAGAACAGUAUAUUGAUGUUUAAUUCAUUCAAGAAGAGAGCCGGAGAUUGCUCUGAGUGGAGGGUUCCAGCCGUGCAGAGCUUAUUUCUGUGGUUGUUUGUGUUUAUUUGCAAAAAAAAGGAAAACGAGAAAUGUGUUUUUUGUUGUUGACCACCUGAGUUGACCCCCCCGGUGAUAUUUGUUAGGACUCUGAAUUAUUGUCAGAAAACGGAUACAGGAGCCUCAUUUAUGAACAAAAUAUUUGAUGCAACGAUCAGAUGAUGGAAUCUAGAAUAAAAAAAGAAAGUAACAAGAAAUCAGAAAUAAUUAUUGCAUUCUUAUCAGAUUUUGAUCAUUUUUGACUUUCAUUAAAAAAAAAAGCCUUAAUUUGGAUGUUGGUCAUUAGCAUGUACCUGUGCUAACACCAAAUUUUAUAAAUGAGACUUCAGGAGAGGUAGAGCCAAAGAAACAACAAGGGUGCACUUCACAGGAUAGAAAGCUACUCUGUGAUUAGUUCGGCUCCUUGUUUGUCAUUUUUUCCAACAGUGCCAUGAAUAUGUCUGUUGAGCCAUUUCAAUAUUUUUGUUGUUAGACGAUGAAGCUUUCUCUAGAAAUCCAUGAGCAAACUAGUCAGAAUGUUAUGUACUGCAUGGAAUAUAUAUGUAUGGUUUUCCUUUUUUUUUUUUUUUUCACUUACGGAAAUGUCUUGAAUGUGUGUUUCUAUUGUCUGCAUCCGUGUUUCAGUUUUCUUCAGUACUGUAGUGCAGCUGGAUUGUAUUUUCUAGAAAGAAUUCACCUUCGCUCUCUGUCAUCUUGUGCUUUUGUUUCCCACAGUGAUAAGUGCAUUCCACUUGUAUGUAUAUCCUGUCUGUUCUGAAGAUGCUUACUGUAAAUAUAUUUCUAUACUCUA